GGCGGCGGGAGCGGGAUCGGGGUCGGCGGCUCCUGAGCCCGCCAUGGGUGACGCGCCCCGCAGGGCGGAGUCGGGCACUCAGCUGCUUGCACGACUGGAGGGCAGAAGCUCCCUGAAGAAUCUUGAACCUUACCUGUUUGCUGAGGAAGGAUCUCCUGUUCAUGGAGACGUCAUUGAAUUCCACGGUGCAGAAGGGACAGGAAAAACGGAAAUGCUCUAUCACCUCAUAGCCCGCUGCAUCAUUCCAAAGUCAGGAGGAGGACUGGAGGUGGAAGUCAUGUUCAUUGACACAGACUACCACUUCGACAUGCUCCGCCUGGUUACGGUUCUGGAGAACAGGCUGGCACAGAGGACGGAGGAAAUGAUAAAGCAGUGCCUGGGAAGGCUUUUCCUUGUGAACUGCAACAGCAGCACUCAGUUACUGCUCACUCUCUACUCCUUAGAAAACCUGUUUUGUGCUCACCCCUCGCUCUGUGUUCUGCUUUUAGACAGUAUAUCAGCUUUUUACUGGAUAGACAGAAGCAAUGGAGGGGAGAGUCUUACCUUGCAGGAGAUGAAUCUGAAGAAAUGUGCCAACUUGCUUGAAAAGCUUGUGAGACAGCACCACUUGGUCCUCUUUGCAACAUCACAGACCCUUAUGCAGAAAUCUGCAAACUCUGCAGAAGGCUUUUUCCCUUUAAAACUUCCACAUGAAACCGAUACAGAUUAUAGACCGUAUCUUUGUAAAUCAUGGCAACAAAUGGUAACCCACAGGAUAUUUUUCUCUAAGCAGUGUAGUUCUGGCAGCAGCAAUGGUUUUACAGUCAUUUCUUGCCACCUCAAAAGAAACCAGGUAGUAAAACGUUCAUUUAGUGUUGCAGAAUGUGGAGUUCAGUUUUAAGUUCAGCUUGCUUUGUAAACAUUGAGCAAAUCUUGGUGCUUAAGGCCUGAUCAGGUCUAAGUAGUUUCUGGUACCUUUAAAAGUAGCUGGUUGUUGCUGAGUGACUAAGAAUUUUUGUCAUUUCUUUUGUCAUUUAUCAUGUUCUUUAAAUUUAGUGAAAUUUUUGUUCAUACUUAACCAAAGACACAUUAAACUCCGAGUAUCCUUCAGUAAUCUAACCUGUGUGGUACGUGGCCAAACACACUGAUUGAAUUUCUGGGUCUUGCUGCUUUACACUCCUCCUCUUCCAAGCUCCAGCCUGGCUGUCCACGGGGGAGGCUGCAGAGAGGGAGGCGAGAGUUCACUUUAUAAACACUGGCUUUGGUUUAUUCCCUGUAGCCCUGGGCAUAAGAAAUGCGUUCACGGCUUUGCCUGAAGAAGGGGAUUCGUUUUCACAGCCUGGGAAGUAGUGGCAAUCCUGACUCUGCUUCUCCAGGCUCGCAGCCUCUCUGUUUCCCUUGGCAUGUUCUGGGAGGAGCGGGGAUUGCAGGCGUUCUGACCCUUACAGACAUCUGGGUUUGGAAAAUCUACACCCAGCUCAGAAAAAGGGGCCUGAUUUCCAUAACUGAAGGUAAAGUAAAGACCCAGCUCUGGGUACCUGUGAGUUUGUGCUGCAUGCAGCAAACAGUUUAGCCUUUGAAAAUAAUUAAGUGCUGGUUAGGGGUUGUUUGGGGUUUUUUGCUUUUUUUUUUUUUUUUUUUUAAAUGAUGUAUGAACAUUUUUUUCUCUCUUCCCUCCCUUGUUAUUCCUUCCCACUUCUUCCUCUGCCCCCAGUCUCUCUAAGAAAUCCAGGAAUGCCAUGCCUCUGGUCUUUACCAAUAUGUAUUUGCCACAUGUAGAACAUUUGUGUGCAGGAUUUGGCAUGCAACGUGUUGCAAUUCUGGCAAAGAAGAUUCAGAAUUUAUGGGAAAUGCCCUACAGUUCUGGCAAAGAAUACCAUAUUAUUUAUGAACCCAGAGUGCCCUUUGAAAGCUUCAAAGUGCUUUACAAGAAAGAAAAUUGCACACAGAACAUUAUUUUAUACAAAAACUUAACGUUAGCUUACAAAUUCAAAUUACUCAAACAUGGGGGAAAUAUUUCUCACAGCGAUAUUCGUUCAGUCAUGUUGCACAGCACGUUUUAUAGUUUAGAUUGAGCAGAUUAUUAACAAAAAUGCAUAUUAAGAAGUAUCGAGCUCUUUUGAGUACGAAUCUUUUUGGGGAAGAUGCCCAAAAAACUCUGUUGUGAGACACCUACCUUUGAAUUUCCUGACUUCUGAGGCAGCUUUUUCAAGCUGAAUGUAUGUCUGGAUUCCCAGCUGUGUAUAGUUCAUUUACCCUCUUGGGUUCCACUGUGUCUGUUCACAAUGAGUUCAGUUUAAUUAUUCUUUCUGUAGGAAAACUUCCCUUUUUUUCCCCCCUUGAUUUCAAACUUUCCAUCUGAUCACUUCUUUACACCGUCUGUUCCUUUACUGUGACACAUGAGUGAACCUUGCCUUUUCAGCAUCUCCACAGAGCUGAUGAUUUUAUAGAUUGUUGUUUCAUGUGUGCUUUCUUUUCCAUCAGAACAUGUAUUUUGUUUCAGACUUGCAUAAGAACACAAAUACAUGAAAAAACACACAGCAGCCAUUCAGCCUAGACUGGACCUGAGUUAGAUGGUUUACCAUGAGCAAACACUCCCACUAGGAACUGUUAUAAAAGGCAUUCUUCAAUUUUUUUCUAAAAAAAAAAGAACAGAAAGAUUCAAAUAGAACUACAGAACUCUAAAAGGUGAAAAUUACAGGACUAUAUAACUUCUACUAGGA